GUCAGACGUCACUGAUUCGUAAUUUUGAGGCAAGCUCCAGACGUUAAUUGCUCAAAUGGCCUUCCAUAAGUGUCAGAGCCAACAUCACUAACAGCAAACGACUAAAAGUUUGACAAUGCCGGCAGCCCGAGUGAGAAGUAAUGAAAACAUGUCUGUAUAAACCAGAGGCUGAAGAUGGACAAGGAAAGCAAACAGUCAUCUGCUGUCCAAGCCUCUGUCCCUAAAUACCAGAGGAGAGAGAGAGCAGAGCCACCCAGAGCCUCAUCAUCUCCUCUGAGAUUACCUAAUCCUUAUGUCUCUGAGCAAAGGUCAAAGGGGAAUCAGGCAAGUCUGAGCCCAAGACAGAGACCAUCAACUGCUGAUGGAGUGCCCGCAGGUAGAGGAGGAGACACGCCAAGCAAACAUGGCUAUAGUAACAGCCGUCACGCCAGAGGGACCAGUGAUGCUGACCCGCAGAGAGACAGGUCCAUACGGGAUCCACAAGCAAAGACAUCAAAACACAGCAGAGACUCUCCAUCGCAGGACAGAACUGUGGGCAAGAAAACACUGGAUGUAUCGAUUAGAGGUUUGAGAGGCACGAGAUCUGCCCCAAACUCCGCAGGGAGGUCAAAAUUACCACAAACUGACUUGGUCUCAUUUGAAGUGAAGAUGGAUGACUUCCCUGAAUUGGUUGUUGUUCCACCGGGGAAUGUGGCCCCUCCACUUAUUCAGAGAGACUGCUGGGGGCCAACCUCUCAAUCUCCAAGCCCUCAGACACAGAAACCAGUGUCUCCCUGCAAGACAGUGACUGCCAGAAAGGGAACCCCAACAAACCCUGACCUUCAAAGUGCCAGUGAUGCUAAUUCUGUCCGAUCUGCUGUCCCAACAGGUCAGCCAACUGUGGUUCAGUCUCAGCCCAGGAGCUCUGAUCCAGCACCGACUUCCUGGGCUAAUGUCGCCUCUCAGCCCCCAAAGAAACCUCUCCCCAAAGAGACUAUAGUCACCAGCACCAGCAUCCAGGAGGAAUUGUAUGCAGAGCAAGAAGAGGGAACCUCAGGGAAGAAAAAACGGAGGAAAAAGAAGAAAAAAUCUAAAAGUGCCAGUGAAGACGUAGAAGCUGAGGCAGAGGAGCUGAUUCAUCAGGAGCCGCCAAAGUUUGAAGAUGAAGAGGAGUUCCCAGGCCUGGCUGUUGCUUUCACUGGGACAGAUAGAUUGAUGACAAGCAGCAAUAGAGCAAAGCUAUGCAACGAGGAAAUCCAAAAAGAGGCCAUUCAGUCUAAGUCUGGUGACCAGAACAAAGACAAAGUAACUGCAGCAAAAUCUGUGCCCACAGAGACUGCCAAGAAGGGACAGAAGGCUGAGAAGGUCUCUGGGAAGAAGAGCAAGGUUCCUGUCCAGCUGGACAUUGGCAACAUGUUGGCUGUCCUAGAAAAGAAACAGCAGUCUCAGAAAUCCAAGCAGGACACCAAGCCAGUCAUUCUCUCAGUUGGUGGGGCACUACCUGUCAUCCAGAAGCAACCACUAGCCCAGAAGAAGUCUCCUUGGCAACAGGAUAAGAUUGCUCACAAUCCUCUCGACUCCACCAGCCCAUUGGUGAAGAAGGGCAAGCAGAGAGAAGUGCCCAAAGCCAAGAAACCCACUCCCCUUAAGAGGGUUAUUCUGAAAGAAAGAGAGGAAAAAAAACAAAACCGUUUGCUGGAGGAGAGAGGGCUGCUUCCUGAAAAAGAGUCCAAACCUGCUAAUGAUACUGCAGCAGAGGAUCAAUGUGACACUAAUGCUACAGAUGAGAUUGGCAGCCCGACAGUGACGCUUGAGGAUCAGCCAGAGGACCAGGAGGGUUGCCAAGCAGAGAGAGACGAGGAUGAAGAGAGGGACAACAAGGAGACUGAAGAGCAACAAACCAUGCAGGCUUUGCCCUGCCCUGCCAAUCGACCCAAAAUCCACAGCAGAAAGUUCAGAGAUUACUGCAGCCAAAUGCUGAGCAAGGAUGUGGAUGAGUGUGUGACAACUCUGCUGAAAGAGCUGGUUCGUUUCCAGGACCGCCUCUACCAGAAGGAUCCCAUGAAGGCCCGCAUGAAGAGACGGCUUGUGAUGGGCCUCCGGGAGGUCCUGAAGCACCUCAAACUCAAGAAGGUCAAGUGCGUCGUCAUCUCACCCAACUGUGAGCGCAUCCAGUCCAAAGGUGGCCUGGACGAGGCCCUGCACACCAUCAUCGACACGUGUCGGGAGCAAGGGGUGCCAUUCGUCUUUGCCCUCUCCAGGAAGGCUUUGGGCCGCUGUGUCAACAAAGCAGUGCCUGUCAGCCUGGUGGGCAUCUUCAACUACGACGGCGCGCAGGACCAUUAUCAUAAGAUGAUCGAGUUGUCGUCGGAGGCCAGAAAAGCCUAUGAAGUGAUGGUGGCGAACCUGGAGCUGACAGGCCAGACCGAGGCCGAGCAGGAGCUGAACCUUGAGGAGCAGGAGCAGCAGUUCAGCAGCCAGAGCCUGGCUCAGCAGCCUCAGUCUGAUCCUGACACCACACAGCCAGAGGAACCAGAGUACAUAAAACUAUGGAAGAAAAUGCUGGAGAAGGAAUGCAACCACAAAUGUUUGAACUUUGAGGAGCAGUUGAGCUCCAUGCGCUUGGCCAACGAAUGUACAGAACUGACUGACGAUGACGAUGAAGGGAGUUGACAGCGGCGGAGCCUUGUGUGCCUACAUGAACUCACUCAUGCUGAUCACCAGCCUAAUAGGAAAUACUUGACAUGUCAGCACAGUAUACACAGCAUGGAUUUAACCAUACAUGUGGAAAAAAGUGAGAUCCAUGAUUCUCUUCCUCAGUGGUUCUCAACCUGGGGGUCAGGAUACAAAAAUUUGUAGUGUUUGUGAUGAAGUGUGAUUUGCUUCUUCUUGUGAAAUAUUUGCAGCUUCCAGGCUUCUUCCACUAAGUAUGUGAAAUGACUUGAAAAGCAGAACGAAAGGUCAUCAUUUUGUAUCAGAUUCACACUUUUGCCCAUUCAGGCUUCCAUCAUGGUGUUGUGGGUUGGCAGAAAUGCAGGCUGGAAAGGUUGAGAACCACUGACAUUUACUAUGACCAAAUCAAACGUGCGACGAGAAGAUCCCAUAAUAUGAACAUCAACACUGAUGUCUGUGAACAUGCCCGCAGGUUGUGGGGCGGAGGGUGAGGUACCGAAUGUGCCUAGAAUAUCUACUGCAUUUAUUUUCCAAGAAUAUAUAUCUGUAAUUAUGUGAGAUUGAGGAAAUGAUGGUGGCCUUUGAACUUUGACCCUGGAGUCCCACUGUGUUGCCAGCAUCGUCGAUGAAACCUCUAGAUUCAGUCUGUUGCCAGCCAGUUUGGUUUGCAUUUGUUUUUUCUUUGUCCAGUAGAUUCAAAUUAAGUUAAAAUGAAGCUGUAGACUAAAUGAUUCAAGAAUUUGGUUUGCAUUGCCAGUGAAACACGCUCUGAUCAAGUCUCUCUAAACAUGUAACCACUAAGUUUUGACAAUCUGAUUGCACUACAUAUGUAGUUGAGCCAAUGUUUUGAUACGUGCUAGACUACCACAAAGUCGUACUUUGUAAUUUAACCAAACUGACUCUGAAUUUAUGUGCAUAAGAUACAAUCAUGAUAGUAUUGUGAUCACUUGUAGCAAAUGUGAAACUAAAUAGAGCUACUGUAUAUUUGUCAGUAGAUAUUAAAUAUUUGCUUUGGACACCUGUGAUAACUGUGAUAAAUUCAUUGUCAAAUCAUUAAAAAGAUGUUUAACUUUA